AGGAGGAGGGAGAAGGAGGGGGAGUCGGUCUGCCCCUUUGUCGGAUUGAUUCCUGACCCAAUCUGGAUCCGGGUUCUGCGGUGCUGCAGUGUGCCACAGCUGCGGAACAUAUUGAUUGAUAUUAGUUGAUCCUGUUUCGAAUCGCGGUCCCGGCCAGUCAAUCAUUUUCCCCCCACCCACCUUCCCCGCUGUAGUCUCGUCAAGUUGCGGCUGGAUAUGGACAAACGUCAGUGAGCUCAGCACGCCGACACCGGAGGACGUGAUUCCCAACACCGGAGCUCGAGGAACCAGCCCAACAUGUCUGUGCCCCCGUUUCCAUGGUAACCAAGAGGCGCACGUCCGUCCCAAAAAGGAGUUAACCCCGCCUCCUUUACCUGUCCAACCAGCCUGCGUUCCUGCCACCUGACAAGCCACUGUGACUUUUGCAUCCAUCGGAGACGCCCGGGAGGAAUAUGGCCAACAACACGGCAGACCACCCUGCGGGGAACUCUGUUGCCGAUGGCAACCAGGAGGGGGACUUUGGGGUGAGCGUGAUGGACCUGAGGGACCUGAUGGAACUGAGGAGCUCAGAGGCCGUCAACAAGAUCCGGGAGUCCUACGGAGACGUGCAGGGCAUCUGCCGUCGCCUGAAAACAUCGCCUAUUGAAGGUCUGUCUGGGAACCCCGUGGACCUGGAGAAACGACACGGUGCAUUUGGGAAGAACUUCAUCCCGCCAAAGAAACCCAAGACUUUUCUGCAGCUGGUAUGGGAGGCCCUGCAAGACGUCACCCUCAUCAUCUUGGAGGUAGCAGCCAUUAUCUCGCUUGGCUUAUCCUUCUACCAUCUACCAGGAGGAGACGCUGAAGCAUGUGGGCAGGCGGCGGGCGGCGUGGAGGAUGAAGGCGAGUCUCAGGCCGGCUGGAUCGAGGGCGCCGCCAUCCUGUUCUCAGUCAUCAUCGUGGUCCUGGUGACGGCCUUCAACGACUGGUCCAAGGAGAAGCAGUUCCGAGGGCUUCAGAGUCGCAUCGAACAGGAGCAGAAGUUCACGGUCAUCCGCAAAGGCCAGGUCAUCCAAAUUCCUGUGGCCGAGCUCGUGGUGGGAGACAUCGCACAGAUCAAAUACGGAGACCUGCUCCCCUCGGACGGCAUCCUGAUCCAAGGCAACGACCUGAAGAUCGACGAAAGCUCUCUGACCGGUGAAUCGGACCAGGUGCGCAAGUCCCUGGAGAAGGACCCCAUGCUGCUGUCAGGCACUCACGUGAUGGAGGGCUCGGGCAGGAUGGUGGUGGCGGCCGUGGGCCUCAACUCUCAAACCGGCAUCAUCUUCACGCUGUUGGGCGCCAGCGACAACGAAGAGGAGAAGAAGGUCAAGAAAAGUAAAAAACAAGGACCCCCCGAAAAUCGCAACAAAGCCAAGACCCAGGACGGCAUCGCCCUGGAGAUCCAGCCGCUGAAGAGCGAGGAGGCUGCCGAGUCCGAGGAGAAGGAAGAGGCCAAGGUCGUCAAGAAGGUCAACGUCACCAAGAAGGAGAAGUCUGUGCUGCAGGGCAAACUCACAAGACUGGCAGUGCAGAUUGGCAAGGCUGGUCUCAUCAUGUCAGCGGUGACGGUCAUCAUCCUCAUCCUCUACUUUGUCAUCGACACCUUUGCCGUCAAGGGUCACACGUGGACGGCGGACUGCACGCCCAUCUACAUCCAGUACUUUGUCAAGUUCUUCAUCAUAGGCGUGACCGUGCUGGUGGUGGCCGUCCCGGAGGGCCUGCCCCUGGCCGUCACUAUCUCGCUGGCCUUCUCCGUCAAGAAAAUGAUGAAGGACAACAACUUGGUGCGUCACCUGGACGCCUGCGAGACCAUGGGCAACGCCACGGCCAUCUGCUCCGACAAGACGGGCACGCUGACCAUGAACCGCAUGACGGUGGUGCAGGCGUACAUCGGCGACACCCAUUAUAAGAACGUGCCGGAGCCAGACGUCAUCAAGCCCGGGACCCUGGAAGUGUUGGUCAACAGCAUUUCCAUCAACUCAGCCUACACUACUAAGAUCCUGCCUCCAGAGAAAGAAGGCGGUCUCCCCCGUCACGUGGGAAACAAGACAGAGUGUGCUCUGCUUGGACUGGUUCUGGAACUGAAGAGGGACUACCAGCCCAUCAGAGAUGAGGUGCCCGAAGAGAGGCUCUACAAGGUCUACACUUUUAACUCCUCCCGUAAAUCUAUGAGCACGGUGCUGAAGAAACCAGACGGAGGCUUCCGCAUGUACAGCAAAGGAGCUUCGGAGAUCAUCCUCAGAAAGUGCUCCCGUAUCCUGGACACUGACAGCCAGCUUCGUGUCUUCAAGCCCAAAGACCGAGACGAGAUGGUGCGAAAGGUGAUCGAGCCCAUGGCCUGUGAUGGUCUGAGGACCAUCUGCGUGGCCUUUAGGGACUUCCCCGCUGAGGCAGGAGAGCCAAACUGGGACGCAGAGAACGACAUCCUCAGCGAACUCACCUGCAUCGCUGUGGUCGGCAUUGAGGACCCCGUCAGACCUGAGGUCCCUGAAGCCAUUGCCAAGUGCCAGCGUGCAGGAAUCACAGUGCGCAUGGUUACAGGCGACAACAUCAACACGGCCCGGGCCAUCGCCACCAAGUGUGGCAUCCUGCUCCCCAACGAGGACUUCCUGUGCCUGGAGGGCAAAGAGUUCAACCAGCACAUCAGGAACGAUAAGGGCGAGGUGGAACAAGAGCGUUUGGACAAAGUCUGGCCCAAACUGCGUGUUCUGGCUCGUUCAUCUCCCACAGACAAACACACGCUGGUCAAAGGCAUCAUCGACAGUACGGUGUGCGAGACCCGUCAGGUGGUGGCAGUGACAGGAGAUGGAACCAAUGAUGGCCCCGCCCUCAAGAAAGCUGAUGUUGGCUUUGCCAUGGGUAUCGCUGGCACCGACGUGGCCAAGGAAGCAUCCGACAUCAUCCUGACCGACGACAACUUCACCAGCAUCGUCAAGGCCGUCAUGUGGGGCAGGAACGUCUACGACAGUAUCUCCAAGUUCCUUCAGUUCCAGCUGACCGUCAACGUGGUCGCCGUCAUCGUGGCCUUCACAGGCGCCUGCAUCACGCAGGACUCCCCCCUCAAGGCGGUCCAGAUGCUGUGGGUCAACCUCAUCAUGGACACGCUGGCGUCGUUGGCGCUGGCCACCGAGCCUCCCACCGAGUCUCUGUUGCUACGGAAACCGUACGGCCGCAACAAGCCCCUGAUCUCCAGGACCAUGAUGAAGAACAUCCUAGGCCACGCCGUGUACCAGCUGGUCAUCAUCUUCACCCUCCUGUUUGCUGGCGAGAAGUUCUUCGACAUCGACAGCGGGCGCAACGCUCCCUUGCACUCGCCGCCGUCUGAGCACUACACCAUCGUCUUCAACGUCUUCGUCAUGAUGCAGCUCUUCAACGAGAUCAACGCCAGGAAGAUCCACGGUGAGAGGAACGUCUUCGAGGGCGUCUACAGGAACCCCAUCUUCUGCAGCGUGGUGCUGGGGACCUUCGCCCUGCAGAUCGUCAUCGUUCAAUUUGGCGGGAAGCCCUUCUCCUGCACGGCUCUGGCCAUCGACCAGUGGCUGUGGUGCGUCUUCAUCGGCGUGGGCGAGCUGCUGUGGGGGCAGCUGAUCUCGGCCAUCCCCACUCACCACCUGAAGUUCCUCAAGGAGGCGGGUCACGGCAUCACCAAGGAGGACAUCCCUGAGGAGGAGCUGAUGCACGACACCGACGAAAUCGACCACGCUGAGAUGGAGAUGAGAAGGGGCCAGAUCCUCUGGUUCAGGGGUCUGAACCGCAUCCAGACCCAGAUGGAUGUGGUCUAUACCUUCCAGACGGGCCAGGCGGCGGUGCCUGGUGCCCUGCGCCGCCAGCCCUCUGUGGUCAGCCAGCACAAUGACAUUAAGGUGGUCAACGCCUUCCGCAGCUCGCUGUACGAGGGUCUGCAGAGUCCCAAGUCGCGCAGCUCCAUCCACAGCUUCAUGGCCCAUCCCGAGUUCGUGCCCCUGUCGGAGGAGGAGGCCCGCAUCCCCGCCAUCCAGGAGAACGAAGACGAGAUCCAAGACCUCGCCAACGCCUCCUCCGGGGUGGGGGAGGUGUGAGCGUCCGUCGGAGCUCCGCCUCCUUUCCCCUCCAUUUGUCCUCUCGCCGCCUUGUCUUUGUCGUACGGACCGCCGCCUCCUCCCUGCCUGUGAGUCCUCGCCGCCAUUGCGCACACGCGUCAGCAGAGGGCGCCAGUUCUCUCUUUUUUUUUUUUUUACAAGCAGAGUUUGCAGCCGCAUGUCGCCUUCACUACUUGCUUCCUCGGGGAAAUGGACCUGGACUCGCUUGUGGUGUACAUACGCUCUCCCUCUCUCGCCCCCCUCAGGUCACAUGACCAACCCUGAUGCCGUCAGGUCACAUGACCAACCCUGAUGUUCUUUCAAAAUGCAAACACUUUUUGUAGCCCUUAAGAAAUGUUGAGUGGUUCUCCAAUGUUUGACUUUAAAGAACAACUUCCUGCUUCACUUCCUGUCAUCAUCUAUCCUCAUCUGCCAAGAACCUUUGCUCCAAAAAUACCCAACAGGCUUCUCUACACGUCAGAGUGGGAUGUUCUAUGUCUCCUCGCACGCCCUUCCUGUCUGCCGGACUCCACUUCCUGUCUGCGGGGACUCCACUUCCUGUCAGUACUCAUCCAGGGAUGUGACGUUCACGAGAGUCACUGACGUGCCUGUCGCUUUAAGAGAAGAAACACCCGAUUGGCUCGUUUAAAAAACACUAGCGUAUAUAGUGCACACCGGUAUAAAAGCCACACCCACUAAAUAUUAGAAGAAAAAAACAUGUUUCCACAUAUAAGUCGCAGAUAUAAAUGUUUAUUUACGUUCCUUAAUUGUUUCCAAACGGUGUCCGUAACACGGCAGUAAAACGGAUGAUCAAACAAAACAGAAGUCAACUCCACGGUGGCGUUUUGGUGAAUUUACGAAACUGAAACAAUACAAAAAGAAUGCCGUGGUAAGUUAAAUAAUAUUAACACUUAGCAACGAUGCUAGCUCGAUUACCCCACGAUAGCACUUGUGCGUGAAAACACUCCAACAGAAAUCACACGUGGGGACGCUUUAAUGAGUAAGAAUUGUUUUGGUUAUAUUGUAAAACUUACAAACGUUGCUCGGGGUGAAUCCGUACAAGUAAAAAAACGCUAUGGACAGCGAGAAGACAAAACGAUGCUUCUACUUCCAGUUUGAAGCUCUGAAAAGGAAGCAAACUCGGCCAAAAGAUGGCGCCGCAGCACAAAAAUAAAACACCUUUGCAGCAUCUAUUUUUUUAAAUUUUUUAUUAUUAGUUUUAUUGUCAGCGAAGAAAAAUAAAUUAAAUAAAGUAGCCGCACCGUUUUAUAAGGCAGAGGGCUCAAAGCGUGGGGGAAAAAAGUAAUGGAUGGUAGUCAUGUAGUCUUUUCAUUUUAGAGACUUUCUGGUAUGAAGCCAGUGCAGUGUCAAUACAGCUAGUGAGUGUGCCUGUCGUUUGAUUCAUUCGAUUCAUUUGAGUUGUUUGAUUCAGUUGAUUCGUUCGAAUUGUUUUAUUCAUUUGAUAUGUUUGAUUCAUUUGAGUCGUUUGAUUCAUUUGAUUUGUUCGAUUAUUUUUAUUCAUUAGAUUUGUUUGAUUCCUUUGAGUCGUUUUAUUCAUUUGAUUAAUUUGAGUUGUUUGAUUCGUUCGUUUUGUUUUAUUCAUUUGAUACGUUUAAUUCAUUUUAGUCGUUUGAUUCAUUUUAGUCAUUUGAUUCGUUCGAUUCGUUUUAAUUCAUUAGAUUUGGUCCCGCGACCCCAAAAGGGACAAGCGGUAGAAAUGGAUGGUUGAUUCAUUUGAUUUCUUUGAGUCAUUUGAUUCCCUUGAGUUGUUUGAUUUAUUUAGUUCGUUUGAUUCCUUUGAGUCGUUUGAUUCAUUUGAGUGUGUGCCACACACUCACUGAGUCAGUGAAAUUUGGGGUGAACUUUGACCCCCGGCAGACAGGAAGCUGACGGCGGUGACAAAAGGUGGUUUUGUUUUGUCUCCGGUCACCCCGCUGUGGAUGCAGCCCGGUAAACCCGGUCAGGACUUCCUGUGGCGACAGGAAGUCCUCCUGCCAUAUCGGUGCGAAGGCCAGCUUUUUCUAGCGAACUCAGAGCCAUAUCCCCCGCCAUGUUGCUUUGGAAGCCCCGCCCCCUGGCCCCAAGCCGCGGCGAGGACCAGGACCACGUUUACAUGAAGCCACGCCUUCGCUCGCCCUCUCUCUCUCUCUCUCUCUCUCUCUCUCUCUCUCUCUCUCUCUCUCUCUCUCUUCUCUCUCUCUCUCUCUCUCUCUCUCUCUCUCUCUCUCUCUCUCUCUCUUUCUCUCUCUCUCUCUCUCUCUCUCUCUCGCUCAUCAGUUUCAGUCUUUUGCUCAUUUUUUACGACUCUUCCGUCUUUUUAUAGUCGCCACUUUUUAAUCUUUUGGAGAAAAUGCGACGCGUUGGCGAGCGUUUUGGUGAACGACACGAAUCCAGCGUCUUUUUUUCACUCUCUGUAAAUAGGAUGUCGCCAUGGUUACCUGACGUUAGGGCUCACAGAACUGCAAGGUUUACUUCCUGGCGAGGCCCCGCCCUCUUCACACACCUUGAGCAGGAAGUGGGAAGGUGUCCGUCUGGCUCCCACUUCCUGCUCCCAGGAUGCCAAAUGAGUCUCGCUAAACCCGGCCCAGGACUCCGGGCAGUGUGGCCUUGGCAUGGUGACUGUGGGAGGGGGCGUGGCCUGUGACAUCACGUGCAGGGAGCACAUGUAAAUAGGAGGGCAGCCAGCUAAUCGCCUCGCUUCCAUCGGACCGCCGUCCUGGUCUUGGCGUCCUGGUCUCGGACUGGUUGCCCUCCGGUCCGUCUUGAUGCACCUCACCGAACACGGACUGACUUUCGGUUCCCAGAACAUUCCCUUCUUGUGUCCUUUUUACGGAGAAGGUCCCGCCGUUUGACUUCCUGCCCUCCACGGGGCAGCUUCCUAUCCUUGGGUCUUCUUUGGCGAGACCGAGGGAAGACCAGCGGACCAACUCCCAGUCCCUUUAUACGCUGACUUGGUAUCCAAAUAUUCUCGUGGACUACAGUGGAACCUCCGACAUCAGCUGCCAUAACAACACCUUUAUUCACCUUUUCUAUGGUUAUCAUCACACUUCUUCUCUGCGCUACAAGAGGUCAAAGGUCACCACCCAAUCAAGUCUUGAAUUGCAGCCGCUGGUUUUUGUUUGAUGACCUGGACUCAAUGUUCUGUGUUAUUUGAUUCAUUUGAUUCGAUUGAUUCAUUUGAAUCAUUUGAUUCGAUUGAUUCAUUUAAUUAGUUUGAUUCAUUUGAUUCGAUUGAUUCAUUUGAUUUGUUUGAAUCAUUUGAGUCGUUUGAUUCGUUUGAAUCAUUUGAUUCGAUUGAUUCAUUUGAGUCAUUUGAUUAAUUUAAUCCGUUUGAUUCAUUUGAUCAUUUGAUUCGAUUGAUUUGUUUGAUUCAUUUGAGUCAUUUGAUUCGUUUAAUUAGAUUGAUUUGUGUGAUAAUUUGAUUCAUUUGAGUCGUUUCAUUCAUUUAAUUUGUUUAAUUAAUUUGAGUCGCUUGAUUAAUUCGAUUCGUUCGAUACAUUUGAUUUGUUUAAUUCCUAUGAGUUGUUUGAUUCAUUUGAUUCAUUUCAUUCGAUUGAUUCAUUUGAUCAUUUGAUUCGUUGUAUUCAAUUGAGUCGUUUGAUUCAAUUGAGUCGUUUGAUUCAUUUCAUUCGUUUGAUUAAUUUGAUUCGUUUGAUUCAUUUGAGUCGUGUGAUUAAUUUGAUUCGUUUGAUUAAUUUGUUUCGUUUGAUUCAUUCAAAUCGUUUGAUUCAUUUGAUUCGAUUGUUGUACUGCUGUCAAAGAGGUCUGGCGUGCACAUUUUUAUUAUGUCUACUUUUUUAUACUUUUUAUUCUUUAUUCCUUUUUCUGUAUGGCUAAAAAGCUAUUGUGCUACAAUUUGAAGAAUAGUAAUAAUCAUUCCAAAUAUUGAUCUCCCUGUCAAAGCAUUGUGACACCUUCAUGUAAUGUUUACAAUGAAAAGGCAACAAAAGACACUAUUGAAAAUAUAUAUUUAUAUACAUAUAUAUAUAUAUAUGUGUAUAUAUAUAUAUAUAUAUAUAUAUAUAUAUAUAUAUAUAUAUGUAUAUACGUAUAUAUAUAUGUCCAUAUAUCCAUAUAUAUAUUGUAAAUAUACAUUUAUCCAUAUAUACACAUAUACAGUAUAGCCAUAUAUAUAUAUAUAUAUACAUACAUACAUACUGUAUAUAUGUAUAUAUGAAUAAAUAUAUAUUUACAUAAAUAGACUCUUAGGCCAAAGAAAAAGCAAAAGAUGCACAACUUCAGAUUGUAGACUUUUGGAGGUUCCACUGUAGUGUUGUUUGUUAUAAUAUGAAUAUAUGUUAUAAAAUGAAUACAUGUUAUAAAAUGAAUAUUAUAAUAUGAAUAUAUGUUAUAAUAUGAAUAUACAGUAUGUUAUAAAAUAAAUAUAUGUUAUAAUAUGAAUAUAUUUGUUAUAAUAUGAAUAUAUUUAUGUUAUAAUAUGAAUAUAUGUAUGUUAUAAUAUGAAUAUAUUUGUUAUAAUAUGAAUAUAUUUAUGUUAUAAUUUGAAUAUAUGUUAUGAUAUGAAUAUAUUUAUGUUAUAAUAUGAAUAUAUUUAUGUUAUAAUUUGAAUAUAUGUUAUAAUAUGAAUAUAUGUUAUAAUAUGCAUAUGUUUAUGUUUAAUAUGAAUAUAUUUAUGUUAUAAUAUGAAUAUAUAUAUAUGUUAUAAUAUGAAUAUAUUUAUGUUAUGUUAUAAUAUGAAUAUAUGUUGUAAUAUGAAUGUUUAUGUUGAAAUAUGUUUAUGUUGAAAUCUGAAUCUGGGGGAGGAGUUGAGGGCCCAAAAGAGCGUUGUUUUCUGUGCUUGUUAUGAACACAUGAAUGUGUGUUAUUUUUGUAAGACAUAUCCAUCUUUGUGGCAUGCAUGACAUUCUGUAUAUCCAAGACUUGCUGGUUCCAAAGCAAUAUGUCCAAUCUGCUGCGUCGCCUCAAGCCACUCCGGGAAAAGAGGAAGAAAAAAAAGUGCAUUUGGACAAAAACUAGGUGUUGAGUGUCCGUGUUCAAUGUGGUGUUCUGCAUGUUUUCCUUGGGAAUGGAACUUCCCAAACGUUGACUUCUUGUUCCUGCCAGGACCUUUCAAACUGACGGACCACUGCCAUUCCCUCCAUUGCUCAUUGUCAGCCAAUCACCCGUCUCGCUUCUCCAUCCCGGCCAGCAGAGCAAGGAGAACUUUCCAGAAAGUCGGGCGGCCAUCGUUCACGUUCAAAGUCCAGUCAUUCACUUUAGGAGACAAUUCAACUGUCUGAGAGGAUGAAUAAUACCAAGAAUGGCUGCCUGAUAGAGCACUGAAAACUCUUAAUAAUCAUUAAAAUGUUUGCCAAAUUAGUUCUUAUUGUUGUUUUUCUGCAGUCGCUCUGGAAAAUACAAAUGUUUUUUGGAUGUGUUGAUUUUUUUUCACCCUCUCGUCAUAUCUUACAGAUAAUAAUAUGAUAUACGUCAUAAAUAGUCACAUGACCAGUAAAGAGUGUCAUCAACGUGACUUAUUUUCCACGGUCAGCAAGUCACAAACAAACAUGGCCGCUUGUCUUUCGCGACACUUUUUGUCAUUCUGGAUUCCGUUUAUCGUCCCGCUUUUGAAAUCUUAUCUCAAGCGUGUGCUGAAAUGCUUUGAGGUCCACAUGCUCGCAUGUUAAUGUUAGCUCGCCCACCUUUGUUUUGUUUUAUACCACAAAGUUGGAGGAAGGUUCUGUGACAAAUUGUCUCAGCUUCGUCUACAAUCCACCAAUUUGGUGGUUGAAAUGUCCCGCAGAGGCCUGCAGGGGGAAGCAGACACAAGUAAUAUUGUGAUGGUCGAUAUUUGUGUAGUGAAGAAGAGACACCAUCACCUAACUUCUUAGUAAAGUCAUCACUCAUUCAAUCAAUGUUUCUCACUUCCUGUCUGUGCCACUCUCACUUCCUGUCUUAUUUCUUCUUCUGUGUUUCACCACUUCUUGUCUUAUUGAACCACUUUUUUUUGUUUCGGGGUUUGUUUGUUUUAACCACUUCCUGUGUGUGUUUAACCACUUUUGUUUUUUAUUUUAUUUUUUGUUGUCUUAUUUCUUUUUCUGUGUGUGACCACUUCUUGUCUUAUUUAACCACUUUUUUGGAUUAUUUUAAUUUUUUUGUUGACCAUUUCCUGUCUGUGUUUUAACCUCUUCCUCUGUGUGUUUAACCACUUCUCGUCUGUGUUUAACCACUUCCUAUCUGUGUUUAACUACUUUUCGUCUGUGUUUAACCACUUCCUGUCUGUGUUUGACCACUUUUUGUUUUUCUUUUUAAUUUUUUGUUCUUAUUUCUUUUUCU